GACCAGGAGCAUGCGCGUCAUUGAGAUGGGGCGGUUAUAUGAAUGCCACCCGGCUCACUUAUGUUCACUAAGAUUUGCAAUUCAUUAGUUACAAUAUAAAAUAGCUGAAUAGCUGGGAUCGAAAAAUAGUAAAGAGGAAGUCGGGGCUGUAAAGUUAGGUAGCAAUGCCAUGGUAAACUGAGGCUGGGCCGGAGGGGACCUUACCGGUUGUGGAGAGACCAGUCACCAGCUUCAUGGCAGAGUCCUUAGUUGUUCGGAACCACCAUGUCUCCACAGAUGUACAACUCUGCUCCACAGAUGAAAUGGAGUUGGAGUCGUUCCAGAACGAAGCAGAGGACCAGGACCAGGGAUUGAGGGUGGAACAGCUGCUUCUCACCAUAGAGAGACACCAAAGACUGGACCUCUGGUUCUGCGAGGAUUGUAAGGAGUACUUUGUGGAUGAGUGCCCCACUCACGGCCCCCCGGUGUUUGUGCCAGACACCCCGGUUCCCGUCGGCGUGCCUAACCGUGCAGCACUUACAGCACCCUGCGGUGUGGAGGUGCUCCAGGAGGGCGGAGAGGUGGACGUGUGUUGUGUUUCCCCGGACCUUCACCGGGGAGUGCUAUUUGGACCUUACCAAGGAGAGGUUGUGGCCCAGGACCAGUCCUCUGGCUUCUUCUCCUGGAUGCUGGUGGAUGAGAACAACUGUUAUCGCUCUAUAGAUGGCAGUGAUGAGACUAAGGCCAACUGGAUGAGGUAUGUUCGCACCUCCUCGGAGGAGGGCGAGCGUAACCUGACGGCGUUCCAGUAUGGCGAGCACAUCUACUUCCAGGUGAGCCGUGAGCUAGCGGUGGGAGACAGACUGAGGGUCGGAUAUAGCCAGGAGUACAUGGACCGACUUCACAGCAUGUCCCUGGACACAGUCAACAACCUGAACACAGAGAAGGACAGCCCAGUGUGGUCCAGUCCGUGGAACGUGACUGCGAGGGACCGCGAGGCCACGCUGGCACUGAUCCAGCACUACGGCUCACCGGACAUCCAGGCUCUGUUAAGUGACCGGACCACCAAGACUAAGCAGGUGUUUGAGGUGAUUGCGGGUCGGAUGGAGGCCCAGGGCUUCGUGGUGAGCCAGGCAGGCUGGCAGGGAGGGAAGCGCUGCUUCCAGAAGUGGAGGAACAUGGAACGCACCUACAGGGACUACCUGCUGGCCAACAAGAAACUGGACGGCAGCCGCAGGAAGCAGCCCGAGUUCUUCCAGCAGUUCCAUGCCCUUAUGGGCCAGAGGCUCAGCUCCAAGAUGGCUGCUGCCGCUGCAGACUGCUCUGCUUGGGGCGGGGCUAAGGUCAAGUCCAAAAAUGUAGCUCCGCCCCCUACCUUGCCUCUCUACGCUAUUGUGGUUCCGUCCAAUCAGACGGUCAACCUAAGCAUUCCCUCUUCAUCAUCUUCGUCAUCUUCAGAGGCAGAGCUCAGGGUUCAGGCUGGCUCCUCCGACCCAGAGGCUCAGACCAGGAAGUCGAGCAGAGCCAGACCCAUCCAGGAAGACAUGGGGGUUGGGCGAGGUGGGGAAAGGGGCCGAGGGAGGGGGAGGGGCAAUAAGCAGCAACAGAAGAGGAAGAGAAGAUCGUGGCUGGGGGAGGAAAGAGCAGAGGAGGGUGCUGUGCAAGAUGGAGGAGUGGUGUCGGUGUGGUCGGAAGGGAAGGUGACCAGCCUGGACCUUGAGGCUACUGAAGCCCUGGUGGAGCUGUAUGCCUCUGCUGAGAUCCAAGGGCUGAUCCGCGACAACAAGACCAGAACCAAGCGCAUCUUUGAGAUCAUAGCGAGUCGUCUGCGGGAGCAGGGGUUCCCCUUGAGUCCGGUGCCAGAGCAGGCGGGCCAGAGAUGCUUCCAGAAGUGGAGGAACCUCUCCAGAGCCUACAGGGACUAUGUUUUGAACCAUGACCCCCACAGGACCGUCUUCAAUUCUGCUUCUAACUCAGCCUCCAAGCGUAGGAGGCCACGCCCCCCACCUUGCUUUAAACAGCUCCACGACCUGAUUGGCCACCGCCUCAACCUCCCACUGUCCGGUGAUUUGCCAGGGCCAGAUGGGGGUGGGGCUGAGGGAGAGGGACAAGCAGAGCCAAUAAUGAAUGGUGACAUAGAUGGAGAGGUAAAUGGAGAUGGACAGAUGGAUGAAGAUGCAAAUGGAGAUGAAGACAUAGAUGGAGAGGCAGAUGGAGACACAGAGGUGGAGGAAGAUGGAGUCAGCCAGAGUCUGUUACACAUAGUGGAGGUACCCGCCAGUCCCACCGAGCCCUAUCUGCCCCCCUCCACCUCCACUUGCUCCUCCAGCUCCACUAUGCCCUCCCAGCCCUCUCCACCCAGGGAUCAGCACCUCCUGCUGGGUCAGAAAAGGAGGAGGAGGAUGACGGACAUCCUGGAGGUGCUGCAGGGGUACAGGGAGGAGGACAGGAGGAGGGAGGAGGAGAGGCAGAGGAGGGAGGAGGAGAGGCAGAGGAGGGAAGAAGCGAGAGAGCGGAGAGAGGAGGAAAGGUAUGACCAGCUGAGAACUCUCCUCAGGGAGCAGCAUUCUGAGAGCAUGAACGUGAUGAGGGAGCUGAUCCACACCAUGAAGGCUGAGAAGAAAGUGUGAAACUCCUCCCCCUUCCUCCCUGGUUACACCACCCUUGGUAGUUUGAUGUUACAGUGUGAGCUGUUUCACAUAUUUUCACUCUGAACAUCAAACAGACUCUUUGCUGACGUGACAGUUUGUUUUUACAUGCAGUACAUUUUAGACGCAGUAUGAGACUUUGACUGAUAUGUUCAUGGACCCAGAGGCUCUUUACAUGCUAGGAUAUCUGACGCUAAACCCAAGGUAUUGGCUCGUGGUACUUUAUCUAGGUUCCUUGAAAUCUGACCUCGGGUCUAUAAAUCGUUUUUCAACUCCCCUGUGACCUUAUUGGCUCAAAUAAACCUUUCGGUUUGAUUUCAAUGACUUUGAGAUGCUAUUUUGUCUGCAUGCACAGCCUGGGGAAAUACAGAAGGAGAUUGCCUGGAGUAUAGUUUCCACUUUAUAAGAUGUGUAUUGGAUUCACUAAUUAUUCAUUCAGAUGCGUCUGCUUCUGGAGGAAGAGGGCGACGAGAGAGAGACAGAGGGAUGGUAACAGAAAGACAACAGAGAGACAUCAGUUAGACCCAACAAGGGCGAGAGAACAAUGGGCUGGAGCAGAGGACGAUCGCAGGCCAGUGACAGAGACACCCAGAGAGGGAGAAGAUGGUGCGAAAGGAGAGACAGCAACAGCAGUAAGAGCAGGAGACAGAAAAGACAAAAAGAGAGAAAAAGAGAAGAAAAAAGAGAUCACAGGCAGAACCAGACAGACAGAAGCUCUCUGUCUCUUACAGCCUGCUGUCUCCUGCCUACUACCCAUUACAUGGAAAUAAUGGGUCAUCAUUAGCAGAGCUUGGCUGUGUUGUUGUUCAAUAUGCUGCAAUAGUUGUCAAUACUUGUCCACCAUUUACCAGGAAACACAACCUGGCCGGACUAAAGAUGACUCAUUCCUACUGUAACUUAAAAAACACAUAAUAUGUUCACUCUACAACAGUUGGCUGUAGCAGUCACGAUGCUGAUCAAAAAGAAUAUAACAGUUUUAUAACUGAGCACUUUAUUAAAAGAAGCACAAGUUGGGUCUAAAAACACUUUUAUUAACUGAGAUACUGCAGUGUUUUCUAAAUCAAGAUGGACGACAGUGGAGUAUGCCAGUGUAACAGAGGAUAAGAUAAGUACUGACUCAACACUGAUAUGCUGUACAACAGAACAGUGAAGCAGUAUAUUAGUGACCAGACCAUACUUGGGAGUUACCUGUAUAACAGCCUUUUUAGGCUAGCUGUUCAGUUUGCUUUAGAACAGACAUUGAACUACUGUAAUGGUCUUCAUACUAGUUUAGCAGAACGAGGACAGAAAGCAUCAGGUUAUAUCCAUUUGUAAAUGCAUGAAGGUUGCUUUUUCUAAUUUCACACAUUCGGGUUUUAAGUUGUUCAAAGUUUGACCUCUUACAACAUUCAUUGUUUUUGCCUACUCCAG